AUGGCACUCUGGAGUGGUGUGGGUCAGGUGGCAAACAUUGCGCAGCUUGCUGGGGUCGAUGCCUAUGGGCUCAUCUCCAUGAUCGUGGAGGCUGCAAAGACGGUUAAGAGGAACCGUGAGACCUGCCAGCUACUGGCACGCCGUGCAAGGAUGAUUGGGGACCUUCUGCAGCAGCUCGAAGGAACACAGCUGAUGCACCACAUGGAGACUAGGAACCCAGUGGAGCAGCUGGAGGAGACGCUUCGGCACGCGUAUGUUCUCAUCACAUCCUGUCACGACAGCAGCUACCUACACAGCUUCUGUAUGGGAGGGAAGCAGGCUGAUCAGCUUCGCGAGGUGCAGAAUGAGAUCACCUUCUACCUCCAACUUUUCCCCCUUGUCAGCUUUGUCGACAACACCCGUACUUGGGAGCGGCUUCUGAGCAGAGCUUGUCCUUUGUGCACAAGGGAAAGCACUGAUGCGUUAUGUGCAGCACGUCAUGUGGAACAUGAAGAUAGGCUCAGAUCAGAGGCCCUCAAGGCAACAAAAAUCGAAAAUCUAGGAAGACAUCCUCCCCUAAAAUCUGACAAAGAACAAAUGGAAGGCCAAGUCAUGAACAUGGGAGGAUUAGUAAAUCUCAUUGGUGGUGGAAAAGGCGCAGAGUUAUCAUGUUUUAGUUUCUCUCAGAUUUUGGCUGCUACAGACAACUUUUCAGAGAAAAAAUUGGUGGGAAAUGGUGGAUUUGGUUAUGUUUACAAGGGCAAUCUCAUUAAUGGUCGUAACGUUGCCAUUAAAAGAUUUGAUGCAUGUUCAUGUCAAGGUCCAGAUGAGUUCAGAACUGAGAUUAAUGCCAUUCCAAAUCUUCGACACAAGAACAUAAUUGAUCUACUUGGGUAUUGUGUUCAAGGAGAAGAAAACAUACUUGUCUAUGAAUAUAUGCCAAAUAAAUGCGUGGCAUCUAUCAUUGCUGAUGAAACAAAAAGGGAGUUGCUAAAUUGGUCCAAACGUCUUCAAAUAAUAAAAGCAAUAGCAGAUGGUCUUGCUUUUCUACAUGGGCAUUCUCAGAUGUGCAUUGUCCACAGGGACAUAAAAGCAAGCAACAUCCUGCUGGACCAUGAAAUGAAUGCUAAGAUUACAGAUUUUGGUCUGGCAUUAAUGUUGACUCCAAAUACGACUGCAGAGGUUGUUGUUAUGGGCACAUAUGGCUAUGCAGAUCCUGAAUAUGUUGCUACUGGAAACAUCUCGGAGAAGGCAGAUGUAUAUGGCUUUGGUAUAGUACUUUUUGAGAUAAUAAGUGGAAGGUUGAUCCGGUCUUAUAUGAAGGCAGAGGGCACUCGAAAGCUACCACCCCCUGCUUAUGCGCACAAGUACGACCGAAAGAAGCUGCACAAGCUUGUUGAUCCAUUGUUGUGCGUGAACAAGCAUGAAUGGGCUCAGAUUCUCGAAUGUGUGAGGGUGGCACAGUUAUGUGUUCACCAUUUUGCCAAACAUCGGCCUACCAUGUCAGAAGUUGUCACCAUGCUUGGCGUGGCGCAGAGGGCACAUGCUAAAUAA